AUGGCGGCGACUGUAACCGCAACGCCCAGAGACUGCGCUUCGAGCGGCACGGCGAGGCGGGUCUCACGGCUCUCUGAUGGCCCCUGGCCGACGCGGGACGCCACUCCCCUGGCGCAGAAGCCCGUAGGGGCGCGGUGGCCUGUGCGGCAGCCAGCCCACGGCACCCGGGACAACGCUCCCCCAGCCCCGCGCUGCUGCGGGCGCUCCCUGGGGCUGAGCCGUUUGCGGGGGGCUCGGGACGUCCCGGGGAGCAGCCGGUGCCGCCGCAGCGCCCCGGGGCGGAGCUGUGCCCGGCGCUGGGAGCGGAGCCUGCCCGUGGCUGCGCCGCCCGGUCCGUGCCGCCUCGGCUCAGCGGGGAUGCCGCGUCCCCGCCGCCCGUCCCCGCCGCCAGCCCCGGCCCCCGCCGCGCCCACCGAGCCCACGCUCAACAUCUUCCAGACAGAGGGUCUGACCAAUGCCCCUCCCAGCCAGCUCUGGCCAGGCCCCCAGCCCCAGCCAGAGGUGCUGUCCCCCAGCCUGCCCCGGCAGAGCUGGGCACUCAGGUCUGAGCUGGUGCUGCGCUGCCUGAGCUCCUGCGCGGGGCUGGGGCACGUCUGGCGCUUCCCCUACCUGUGCUACCGCCACGGAGGAGGUGUGUUCCUCAUCCCCUACUUCAUCAUGCUGCUGGUCAUGGGGCUGCCCCUGUUCCUGAUGGAGCUGAGCCUGGGGCAGUUUGGGGCUGCAGGGCCCAUCGCUGUCUGGAAGUGCUUCCCGCUGCUGAGAGGCAUCGGCGUGGCGAUGCUCACCGUGUGCUGCCUCGUGUCCCUCUACUACAACCUCAUCGUUGCCUGGGCUCUCUUCUACCUGGGCUCCUCCUUCCAGAGCCCCCUGCCCUGGUCCUGUGAUGCCCCCUGGAACAAGGACCUCUGCCAGGACCCUGCAGGGAACAUCAGCCAGGUCAGCGCCAGCGCCAGCGAGCUUUUCUGGACCGAGCAGGUGCUGGGGGUGACGCACAGCUCCGGCCUCGGGGACCCUGGCCGGGUGCAGUGGCCCCUCGCCCUCUGCCUGCUGGCGGCCUGGACCCUCGUCUUCCUCUGUGUGCUGAAGGGCAUCCACAGCUCAGGCAAGGUGAUGUACGUCACAGCCACCUUCCCCUACCUGCUGCUCCUCAUCCUCCUCAUCCGAGGGGCCACGCUGGACGGGUCCCUGCCCGGCGUCCGCUUCUUCCUGACCUCGGACUGGGGCCGGCUGCAGAGCGCACAGGUGUGGAGUGAUGCAGCCUCACAGGUCUUCUUCUCCCUGGGCAUUGGCUUUGGGGGGCUGCUCUCCACGGCCUCCUGCAAAAAGUUUGACAACAACGUGGUGCGGGCCACGCUGCUCAUGGCCGUUGGCAGCAGCUGCAGCAGCCUCCUCGCCGGCUUUGCCACGUUCUCGGCGCUGGGGCACGUGGCUCACAGCAAACGCGUCCCCGUGGGCAGCGUCGUCCGCUCAGGCCCUGGGCUGGUGUUCGUGGCGUACCCUGCGGCCCUGGCCCUGCUGCCAGGCUCCCCGUUCUGGUCCAUCCUCUUCUUCCUGAUGCUCUUGGUGCUGGGAGUGGACACCAUGUUCAGGAACGUGGAGGGCAUCACCACAGCCAUCCUGGAUGAGUUCCCGGCCCUGUGUGGCUGGAGGAAGAAGACAGCCUUGCUGGGUGCCCUCUGCAUCUGCUUCUACCUGCUGGGGCUGCUGCUGGUCACCCAGGGAGGGAUCUUCUGGGUCACCCUCAUCGACACCUACAGCACCGGCUUUGGGCUGGUCAUCGUCGCCCUCUUCAUGUGCCUCGGCAUCGCCUUCUGCUACGGCCUGAACCGGCUGUGCCAGGACGUGGUGGCCACGCUGUGCGGGUGCCCGCGCUGGUGCAGCCGCGUGCUGGGCGGCUUCAGGCUGUGCUGGGCCUUCCUCACGCCCUGCCUGCUGCUGUUCACGCUCAUCUACACGUGCCUGGAGAUGUGGCGAGAGCCCCUGAGCUACGGCACCUACCGGUACCCGGCCUGGGGCACCAGCCUGGGCAUCUGCAUGGGGCUGCUCGUCUGCCUGCACGUCCCGCUCGGGGCUGCGCUGGCGCUGAGCCGCCAGUCGGGGACGCUGAGAGACCGUUUCCAGAAAGCCACCCAGCCCCAGGGCUCGUGGGGAGCCCCCUCAGCACAGGACGUGGCCGCUGCCAUCGAUGUGCCCUUCACCAUCAGCCUGGCGGGCAGCGACUGCGGCGCCGAGCCCUGCGGCCACAGCCGGAUCUGAGGCUGCCCCAGGGCUGUGCCCCGCUGCCAGCCCUGACCCUGGCACCUCUCCC